AUGGACGGGAUCACCUCAACUACACGAACGGUAAACUACGAGUCGAAGACUUGUGCGGUUGAUUCCAAAACUCCAGUAACAUUCUCCAUACGAAUCCGAGAAAUUGAACGGCAUCUUGUGCGGAAUCGUAGCGUUCGGCGUGAGAAUCUGGUGAAACAAAGAAUCAUAGCUUCCUCAACUAUUGGAUUCGAGAUCCCAUCUUGUUUUCUUGAUGGUGAAAAAACUUGCAGAGGUUACGUGGCUUACUCUUUGUCGGAGACAAUCAUACCCACCUGGAUUCAACCGUUUAUUCUUCCACAAAUCUGCAAAGACUCCAUCACAGAGGAGGGCAAAAGAAGUGGUUUCAAGGUUGAAGCUCAAGUUGAAGCAGUCAAAGAAACUUAUUUCAACAACUGUACUGACUUGAACGAUUACGAUUCUGAAGGUCGAAAGAUAGCAGCAGAGACGGAUUGUCCCAUCUGUCUACAAGAUUUUGGUAAGAACAUCAUCACCAAGUUGCGCUGCUGCGACCAUAGUUUCCACCGGAGUUGUAUUCUCACUUGGCUGAGCCGCAAGCCUUCAUGUCCUACUUGUCGUGAUGACAUACACAAUCCUCGACCAAAGAAAUUUACACCAAAGAAGGCAUAUUUCGGGUAA